AUGGAAAUGGGGCAGAUCUACACUGGCCUGAAGAGUGCAGGCAGGAGGCUAGCCCAGUGCUCCUCUGUCUCCAUCAGGACAAACAAGCUGCUGCCAAUGCAAGUGGAUGGAGAGCCCUGGAUGCAACCACCAUGCACGAUUAAAAUUACUCAUAAGAACCAAGCGCCUAUGAUGAUGGGGCCCCCUCAGAAGAGCAGCUUCUUUUCGCUGAGGAGGAAGAGCCGUUCGAAGGACUAG